CGGCAGCCUGCACUGGCCGAGCCGGGAGCUGUCACGGCGGAGCGGGUGGGGGCCGCAGCCAGGCCACGCCGACUCCCCCCGGGGCCUUGACCGCUGCCCCCAGCGAGCGCCGCCUGGGCAGGUGAGGAUGGAGGGAAGGUCGCGGCUCGUGCGGGGGCGGGGCCGGCCCCCCCAGCGCCUGCCAGGUCAAAUUCUGUCUGUGAAAUUACCAAACAUUUUAGAUCACUGAAGUCAUUGGCUUUUGUCUGCUCUUUGCUUUAAAGCCCUGUUUGUAUUUGAGUCACCUGCUGUUUUCUCAUGCACGUUGAGACCCACGGAGCACAAGGACAGGGGCAUUGUGACAACAAUAUGACUAAUAGUAAAGGAAGAGCUAUCACAAACAGAACCAGCGGCAUAGUCAACAGUGGAGAAAGAUUGGUAAAUUGGACUCUCCAUUUAAAUACAGUUCAGCCUGACACAUUUUUAAGCUUUCUAUUGAGUAUGGUGCCUGUCAUUUAUCAUAAAAAUCAAGAUGGCAUUUGGCAAGAUGGCCUGCCAGCCUCAGCACAGACAUUUAACAUAAGAACAGAUCAACACAUGGAGUACCAUCAUUUUUCAGAGCAAUCUUUUCAUGGCAAUAACGGACAUGUUCCAUCAAGCUGUAGCCCAAAGUAUGAUGACUAUGCUAACUAUAAUUACUGUGAUGGAAGGGAGAAUUCAGAAACAGCUGUCAUGUUAAAAAAUGAAGACAUGUCUAGUGAUGGUGACGAAGAUCUCAUUGGGGAAGGGAAUCACAGAUUGCCAAAGGAGUCCAGUGGCACGAUGGCCUUACAGAUCCUGGUGCCAUUUCUGCUGGCAGGAUUUGGAACAGUUUCAGCUGGCAUGGUUUUAGACAUAGUACAGCACUGGGAGGUGUUCAAAAACGUGACUGAAGUUUUUAUUUUAGUCCCAGCACUUCUCGGUCUCAAAGGAAACUUGGAAAUGACAUUGGCAUCCAGAUUGUCAACCGCAGUAAAUAUUGGGAAGAUGGAUUCCCCCAUUGAAAAGUGGAACCUAAUCAUAGGCAACUUGGCACUAAAACAGGUUCAGGCCACAGUGGUUGGUUUUCUCGCCGCCGUGGCAGCGAUCAUCCUGGGCUGGAUUCCAGAAGGGAGAUACCGCCUCGAUCAUUCCAUCCUACUGUGUGCCAGCAGUGUGGCCACUGCCUUCAUUGCAUCUCUCUUGCAGGGGAUAAUAAUGGUUGGCGUCAUCGUUGGCUCGAAGAAGACUGGUAUCAACCCGGACAAUGUGGCCACUCCGAUUGCUGCUAGUUUUGGGGACCUCAUUACUCUGGCCAUAUUAGCCUGGAUAAGUCAGGGUCUUUACGCCUGCCUUGAGACAUAUUAUUACAUAGCUCCAUUAGUUGGUGCCUUUUUUUUGGCUCUGACCCCUAUAUGGAUCGUGAUAGCUGCCAAACAUCCAGCUACAAGGACCGUUCUCCAUUCAGGCUGGGAGCCCGUCAUCAUAGCGAUGGUUAUAAGCAGCAUUGGGGGCCUUAUUCUAGACACGACAGUAUCGGAUCCGAAUUUGGUUGGAAUUGUUGUGUACACUCCAGUUAUUAAUGGUAUCGGUGGUAAUUUAGUAGCUAUACAAGCUAGUCGAAUUUCUACCUACCUCCAUUUACACGGCAAACCAGGCGAGGUGCCCGAUGAAGCCAAAGGCUGCUACUACCCGUGCCGAACCUUCUUUGGUCCAGGAGUCAAUAACAAAUCUGCCCAAGUUCUUCUACUUUUAGUGAUUCCUGGACAUUUAAUUUUCCUCUAUACCAUCCACUUAAUGAAAAGUGGUCACACUUCCCUGACUGCAAUCUUCAUCGCUGUAUUCUUAUUUGCUGCUGUGUUACAGAUGAAAUAACCAAGAACUUCAGAGGAUCAGUGAAUUACUGCAGGCCCCGGGGCUACUUAAUUAAACUGGCAAGAUCAGAAAUUCCGGUCUUCUGUCACCUAGUCAAGGAUUCCUUUCAUUACAACAUUUAAUUUUUGUCUUAUUUGGUUAUUUUAAGAGAAAUGUUUGAAAACAGAUUCAUUGUUGUAAACCUCAAGAGCCGUGAUUGACUUAGACUAUUUCUUACUAUCCAUUUACUUUCCAGAUAACAUAUAUUAAAUCUAUAAUUCAAUGAGCAUUUAUUAGAAUGUGCCAAACAUCACGUGAAUUCUUAUAGACCGGUGUUAUAGGAGGUAAAGGGUGGGAUAAAGCAAUCACUGCCACCUUGGAAGUGAGCAGAGGUGAGACCUGAGGGAGGCUUUGAUAAAUGAAGAGGUCAUUCCAGGAAGAGCAGGGAGACAGCAGAGUUGCCAAGAUGGGCAGGCAGUGCUGUAUACAGAGCAGAUGGCUUAUGUAGGAGAGUGGGAGAGAAUAAAGCUGGAAUUAGGGCUCUGGGUUAUAUAGAAGGGGCCAGUCUAAGAAUUUGGGGCUUUAAACACGGAGCUGAUGAGGGCAAAGCGAUGAUUUUAGAAAGACUGAGCUGGCAGCAGUGUGCAGGGCGGAUUGGAGAGGAGACAAUCUAGAAUACAGAGACAUUAGUUAGGAGAUUAUUGUAGUAAUCCAAAUGAGCAGCAGCUAAAAGUGGGAUUAGGAGAUAGGAGAUUACAUAUGAGAAAUAUUACACAGUGAUUAGAGAAGGAAUAUGAAGUCCAAAUUCCAUUUUUUAAAUGUGACUCAGUAGAUGUGGUAGAUAGUACUGGCCCCCAAAGUCAGGAAAACCUGGGCUGAAGUCCUUCCUCUCGCAUAUCCUGGGCAGUCUCCCUCAGCAUCGCAGACAAUUCUUAAGCUUGCAGAAAAGGUCUAGAUCUGCACUGGUAGAAAGAGUUUAUUCAUUAGGAAUGCUCAUUAGGAAUCUGUGACCAGUGAUAUACAAGUCUGACCAAUUAUGUAAGAUACCAACAGAAAUACAGAAAUAGAUACUUACCUCUAGAAGCUUCUAGUCUAAUAGAAGAAAGAAGAUGCAUAUAUAAAUAGUGAAUUACAAAAUAGAAGGCAAAAGCAUAUUAAAACCAAAAAUAAAUCUGAGGAGUAUUCUGAAGAAAUUAAGAAAGGGUCUGAGUUGCCCUCUUGCUUUCAUCCUGGUACUGUUUUCUUUCCCAAGGUAGCUCUUGCUAGAUGGUCUCAGACUUUCUUUUUUUUUAACUUUUUAAUUGUGUCUUAUUUUUCCAGAUACACGCAAAGAUAGUUUUCAACACUCACAUUUUGCAAAACCUUAUAUUCCAAAUUUUUCUCUCUGCCCCUACUCCAAGAUAGCAAGCAAUCUAAUAUAGGUUAAAGAUGUGCAAUACUUCUAAAUAUAUUUCCAUAUUCAUCACAUUGCACAAGAAAAAUCAGAACAAAAUGUCAAUGAAAACAAGAAAGAAAAAACCAAGCAAAAAAACAAUAACAAAAAGGUGAAAAUGCUAUGUUUUGAUCCACAUUCAAUCUCCAUUGUUCUGUCUCUGGAUGCAAAUGGCACUUUCCAUCCCAAGUCUAUUGGAAUUGCCUUGAAUGCCCUCAUUUUUUAAAAAAAGCCACAUCCAUCACAGAUGAUCAUCACACACUCUUGUUAUUACUGUUGGUUCUGCUCACUUCACACAAUAUCAGUUCAUGUAAAUCAGACUGUUUUCUGAACUAGAUGAAGUCACAUCUGAGCGUGAUGGUGGGAGGAGAAUUUAAGGAGAUAAGAGAAAGUCAGGAAUUCUCUCUAGAUUGUGUAACGAGAGAGCCAGUGAGAGGUGGACGAGAGAGUUAGGAUGAAGUGGCACAACAUGAAUGUCUAAUGGGAUCCAGCCCCCCUAGCACCCAGCAAAGCUCUGGACCAAGUGGUCCAGAGAACGUAGCUUCUCCCCUCACAUAUGCCCUUUUGUUGUAACUUUAUUUAGUUAUUACAAGUGUUUGGUUGUUGUUGUUGAAAUAUCUGUUUCUUAGGGUUGGUUAGAGAGCUUUGUGGGCUUGGAAAAUUUUCCUGCUAAAUCCAUAUCAUGCAUUGGACAGAUGCAGCACAAAGCAGCUGAGACUAAGGGCCAAAGGGCUGGGAGCUAGCCUUGACUUCUGAUUCGAGCUGUUUGUGACUUUGGGCAAAUUCACUUGGAAAAUGGGGAUGCGUCUGCUCUAUCUACCUCUUAGGGCUGCUGGGAGAUAGGGUAGAAAUGACAUGAUCUCUAUGAAAUGCCUUUUGAAAUGUCCAAAGGAUUAAACAAUGCAAGAUGAUUUUUUUUUUAUAUUACUCUAUGAGCAUUUAGGCUCCCAUGCUAAAGCCAGCAAAAAUCAGGGAUUUGAGCUUGUUUGCUGACUUUUAAUGGGACAGGAAUUGUCUGGACCAGUUAGAAAUGAU